GUGAACCGCCGGAGCUAGUGUAGCGAGAGAUGGACGGAGGAGGCAGGGCUUCGUGGAUAAAAUAUGGGCCUGUUGUGUCCCUUUUCGUGGUUCUUUUAGCCGUGUGGUUCCGGUCACCCCAGACUGCAGUGCUGGACGACCGGCUCGACACCGUGCUGUCCUCCCUGCUCCGUGCCGAGAGCAAAGUCGGUUUGAAUGGCGUCGCCAGACCCAAAGUAGCCAUUGGUUUUGGAGGUUGUGUUGACCUGAUUGUGGAUGGGGUAUCAUUGCUGAAUAAGAUUGGCCUCCCUCCCACAGACCAGCCCCUACAUCAUGACUACAUAGAAAAUGAAGUGCAGCUGGCUCAGAGCUUUGCCUAUUUCUUUGCACCAGGAGCUGCUGCAGAGCGUUUUAUGCUCAAUGAUACUCUGUUCAGCGAACUGGUCGAAGCGUCCCGUGACUUACCUGGAAACAGAUGGGCAGUAGGUGGCAAUGCCCCUACAAUGGCUGGUCGCAUGGCCACCGAGGGAUGUGAUAUAUUGCUAGGGGGGAGUUUCAGCCCCGAUUUUACUGAUGUCCUGUCCCAGCGCAUUACAGUGGCAGGUAACAUAGUUGAUGAGCCAGACAUUCAUCUCAUCCUGGAGUAUCCAGCCGGUGCUAACUGGGGUCACUAUACCGCACGUAGAGCCAACAGGUAUAUCAUCCACAGCGAUGACCAUAACCCCUACCUGGACUCCAUGGAGGACUUUGCAGAGAAACUUAUAGACUUCAAUCCAGAUCUGCUGGUGGUGGGUGGGCUGCAAAUGAUGGAUAACUUCCCCUUCCAGUCAGGGGAACGAGAAGCUCUCCUCUCCCGCUUGGCAGAAAUCCUGUCCUCCUCAUCUCCGCAGAUUGGAGUCCAUUUUGAGAUGGCCAGUUUUGUAGAAGAGAGUAUAAUGGAAGACCUUCUUCACUAUGUCAUUCCACAUGCGGACUCUUUAGGAAUGAAUGAACAGGAGCUCCCGAACCUGCUCAGCCUGCUUAAAGGCUCCAACAUCAAAGUGUUGUCGGACCCAAAUCCUCGUGUAGCGACUGUCCUAGACCAGAUGAGGGAAGUCUAUCGCAUUUUGAACCAGCGCUUCAAGGAUGCCAGUGUAGAAAGUGACACAGACAGUCCUAAAACUAAGCCACUGACUCGGCUCCAUGUCCACACGCUGGCCUUUCAGGCCAUGAUCGUGACACGCGGCUCCCAGUGGAAGAACACCAUGUCAGCCACCGCCAAGGCCUCUCUCACAGCAAACCGCCAUGUCUGUGGCUCUAAUGACAUUGACCCCAGCAAGGCGAGGCUCAUCAUGGACGACUCCUUCUCUGUUAGCCGGCAGGAAGGCAGCCAACGUAUCCCUCUGCAGGAGACCAGGCCCGUCAGCUGCUGGGAUGAGGAGGACUACGAGAUCUGCGUAGCGCCAGUGCUGGUGUGCACUGAGGUUUUCCAGACUGCUGGUGGAGGGGACAACAUCUCAGCCGCUGGUCUGGUGCUGCAGAUCUAGAGAAGGACACUAUGGUCUAUCUGUGUCUAGUGCUCAGUACAUAUUUCUAAAUGAUGUGACUCUGGAAACUUGAUCUAGAUGUGAUGCAAAGUACCUGAUUGUGAAUCGUAUCAGGCUGAUGCUGUCGCCCUGGUGCCUCAUGGCCCAGGUGAACCGCAAGGAAAACUGAUUAUCAUUUGUAGGAGUCAGAUGAUGGGGUGCUGUGGUUAUUAAUCAGGUUAGAUGACCAGAUUUAAAUAUAUGAGCCCAUUUUUGAUUUUGGAGGAGGAUGCAGUGAAAAACUGAAGCAGUCCAACUUUAUAGUUUUGUUAAUGGAGUGAAGUCUAUCUUAAACAGACUUUCUGCAGUUAAUUCUCAGUUAGGUGUGUGUGUGUUUACAUUGGGAUGGAGGCUACGAUCACUGAUUUCAUCCCUGUUUCAUUAACUUUAGCAUCGUGUUUUAUUUACUUUCGUGAAGGAGAACAUUGUAAGAGGCACUGCCCAGCUCUGUCCUACUUGUUGCCAAUCAUCUGACUCCUGUUCUCUUCUUCUCCAAGGCCUUACGAGACUUUGCCUUCAGUCGGGAUUAGAUGGAGAGGGAUGAGGUCUUGAUAAAGCCCAUACAAAAAAUAGUUUUGUUUAGGGUAUUUGCAGACAAAGCUGCACUAUUUCAGCUGUAGGGUAAAUUCUCUUUGUGACUUUGUGACUCCACUAUGCAGCAAACCUAUCCAGAGUUCACCUACUUAAAAAAAUCUUCGCUUCCCACUAGAAAACAGGACUUAGACCACCCCCGUCUUGCAUUAUAUGCAGCUUCAACCUAAGGCUAUAAAGAUAACAACCUGGCAGUUUUAAAAGGUUACACUUGAAUCCUUCUCAGGGCUUUAUCCGGCCUCCUCCCUCUCCUAUCUUAUUCUUAAAGGCAAAGAAAGAUUUAAAGUAGAAGGCUAGUAAGGUUAUUGCCUCCGUUCUUCCUAAUGUGAAAAAUGUGCAUACUGUUUGGGUGUGUUUGAUUAGUUUUAAAAUCGUCAUUCCUCUGUGUGUCUGUCGCAGUGCAAUAAUGCAAAAACAAUAUUAAGAGACCACUGUUGGUAGCUGGAUAUGAUGUCAAACUUCCUCUCUACCUCCAUGCUCUUUCUCCACCUUUUUCCCUUUACCUGUUACUUUGUUCCUUUGUCCCGCUUUUCUAUUAUCUGUUAUAUCUUUUCUAGUGCUUGUUUAUGGCUCUUUGGGGACCAAAUAACCAGUGUGGACUGCCCAUUGCUGCAAAGAAGAAGUUAGGGGGCUGGAUACAGUGGAACACAAGCUCAUCUCUGGAUUUAAGGGGUAAGGCUUGACCUGAAUCUAUUGUGUUACUCACCGUGAAUCCCUUAAAUUUGUGAAACAGUGGACCACACAAUAAAUAUCGGUCUUCAUUGUAAGACUAAAAGCCAGAUAUCUCUGCCUUGAAUUGGCCAUCAACUCCCAUUUCACUCUUUUUAGGGUUGAAAUCACUUUUGUUUAAACUGAAUGGGAACAAACCAUUUUUCUCAUAAUCAGACAUUCCACCACAGAGACAGCUUUAGUUAUAUUUUCGAUACAACAUACAAGUAUGUUCAGCAAGUAUACUUCAUCAUCCGAGAGGAGUGUAUUAUUUUCUUGAUUACACAAUAAAAUUUCUGUUAGUUUCUCAAAAAUGCUCACAAAAUCCCUUUUCUCUGAGGAACAUGCAUUCAUGUUAAAAUGCAACAAGUAUGAGCUAAAGAAAUCCCUUUAACUCUUUAUUCUGUGUGUCAGACUGUACCGAUUAGAUGCUGUUGUUCAAUUAUGCUAAAGGUAAAUGAGCCUUAUUUUGUUCAGACUUGUGGUGUUUAGUGAAAAGGGAAUCUUUAAUACAGACUUUUUCUAUCACUGUAGCUUUCUGUUUUAGUUUCUGAUGUCUUACGCAGUGGUCAGACAACAAGAGUCACGGGUCAUGUAUAUACUGUGAAAUUAAGUUUGUUUAAAGCAGAACUUGCAUUCAUGUUCGGAUACAGAGCUGCUUGUGUUUGCAUCCAUAUCAUGUACUUAUCUAAACUUUAGAUAAAUCACGUCAUCCAUGCUCCAACUCUGUUUAACUGUUUCAUGCAUGCUAACUAUUCAAUGCAAAAUUACCUAAGAUAAAAUGUUGCGCUGA